AUUAAAUGAACAACAGAGAAUAUCACCUGUCACUGUCCUAUUCUCUUUCAAACUUCUUGAUCAUUUUGCCGCUUUUGGGAAGCUCAAAAGAAGCCUAAAAGCUCGAAAAGCCACCUCUCGAACUGUCGAAAGAAAGAUCCCAAAAGACUCCAUUUUUCUGUUCAGAUUUCCCCCUAUUAUCCGAGGAACUUGAUAGACAGUCGUGGAGAUAAUUUUUACUAAAAAUGGCAACGCAGCAAGAAUCUGAGACAGCUGAAACCCUAAUGGUCUCUUUUACGGAAUUAUACAUUCCAAAAACUCCGGGUUUGGCCCCGAAGCUGGACGGCGCAGGAAAUUUUGGCAAUGGUUUUCAUGAUGUGGACUCUGUCCUUGCUGAUGGACAUGGUCUUACGGUGGAAGCAAAUAAGGUCCUCUGCGAUGAGAUUUCUGAAGGUUCAAGGGAGUCAGCCAUGGAGCUUGGAGAAAAGCAUACUGACACUGUGGAGACCUCAAAGAAGGGAAAUGCUGCAGAGAUUGCUCAAAAUGAAUCCAGUAACUAUGAAGGAGAAGGAGCAGAAAAAGAAGCAGGCAAUGAGGUUGGCAGAAAAGAGGAUAGUGACAACACAGCUGUUUUUGAGCAUUGUUAUGGUGUAGGUGACUUCAUUUGGGGAAAAGUGAAGAGUCGUCCGUGGUGGCCGGGCCGGAUUUAUAACCCAUCAGAUGCGUCUGAAUUUGCAGUGAGGUACAAGCAGGCAGGCAGGCUUCUUGUGGUUUACUUUGGGGAUGGCUCUUUCUCUUGGUGUCUUCCAUCAGAGUUGAAACCAUUUCACGAGAACUUUGAGGAAAUGUCAAAGCAAAGCAAUGUGGAAACCUUCACUAAUGCCGUGGACAAAGCUCUCGAUGAAAUGCGUAUCUUGCUGGAGUUAGAAAUGAACUGCCAAUGUGUACCACUUAGUAUGCCCAUGGCAGUGAAUGCUGGAAUUAAGCCCGGAGUUCUCAUACCACCAAAAGGAGAUACUAAGCUUAAGCUUUCACUGCCCUAUUUUGAGCCUUGUUUGGUACGUUUCAAUUUGAAUAACCUUGCACAGACCACCUCUGUUCCUAAUAGGAUUGAACUUGUCACAUUUACUAGCUGGCUGUCUGCUUUCUGUCGUGCAAAUCGGGGCCAUGGAUUAUCCUUUUAUCGCAAGCCGAGUAAUAUUGAAGGCCUGGAGGAUAAGUCUAGAAAUCAGGAUGUGGAAUUAUAUGAUAGUGUUGUGUCACCUAUCCAGGGCCUCUUAGAAGGACAAGAAGUUGUUUACUCCAGAAAUGAUGGCCCUUAUAAGUGCCCAGUGAAUGCUGAUGACAAGCCUCGUCACCAUAGGAAUCUGGCAAGUGUAUCUCAACUUUUGCAUGUGAGCAGUGGGUCAGAUUCUCAAAAUGAAAGUCACAAGGGAAAAGACUUGCAUAAUUAUUUACCUAAAGCCUUGAAGAAAAGGAAGUCUUUGUCCAUUAAAUGGAGCGGAAGUUGUGCUCAGGACAGUGUGGAUACAGCCAAAGAAGGCCUUAUUUCAAGGGAAAGGAAGAAAAGCAAGUAUCUGUCACCUCCAUAUACAAGCAUUAGCAUGAUGAGUGGAAACUCGCGUGCAAAACAAGGAUUUGACCUGGAAUCUGAAUCUGAUAAAGAAAAUCAGCUGAUGCUGCUUCCUGCUCUGUAUAUGAGUACGCCUACAAGUGAAGUCUUGUCAGAAGUUCAAUCCGCUGCUAUUAACCCCCACUGUUGGAGAAAGCCUGGCACCCUAGAUAUGAUUAGGGAAUUUACGGGUUCUUUUCGGAAGUCUUUUUAUGUCAAUGAAUCAAGUGAGAAGGUGCAUAAAAGUAGGCAUGCUGGGAGCAAGAGAAACUCAUCAUCCUCCUUGAAAGAAAAUACCAAGGCCAAGUCUGAAUAUGAGGAGACUGUGUCAUUUGGUUCAAUCAAACAGAGCCUGAAAAUACUGAAGUUUUUGCUAAAAAGGUGUGAUGGGAAAAUUUUAGAAGAGGAGAAACUUUACUUGGAGGAUGAGGUCAAGGUUCUGCUGAAGAAGGUGAGUGCAUUGGUUGCAGCCCCAUGACAAACGAUGGGUAUGAGAUAUUCAUAUAUCACAUAGUAGACUAGUAGUACUUUAGAAGUUGUUGUUAACCAUUUGGUGCAGGACGGAUAUUUGAACGACCUUUUUGUGAGCGGCGGAGAUUUAAUGACUUGUUCCUAGGUUCUUUUGUGGAAGUUCAGAAGGCGGUUUAUUUGUGUGGGAUGGUAGAUUGGUAUAAGAUGUGGUUACCUAAAUGAACUUCCUGAUUGACAAUUGUAACUAGUUUCACAGAAGCACUUUCGUGCUGCUUAGUAGGAGUAGUUCCUGAAAAUUUAUUUUGCAUGAAUCCAUUGGGCUUCUAUUGCAUCUUCUUCCUUGCUCCUGUGAGUGUGAGCUUUUCGCACUUGUAGUCUAACAGUGAACUAUUUUCUUUCCAAGCAACUUCUAG